AUGUUGGGGGUGUUUAUUUAUGGGAGAAUAUAUCAGAUAAUAUCGAUAUUUGCAUAUCUAGGGGUUGUACAGGCUUCGAUCUUCAAAUCGAUCGAACAGCCUUCAUUGAACUUUGAUGAUUUUGGUGAUAGGAUAGGAUUAUUCGGGUCUUACGAUGCGAUAUCACUCUACUCAUAUCAGAAUGCAUCGGCAUUCUUGGAAGAGGAUCAGGCAGAACAGUAUGGCCACCAAAACAUGUACAUUCGAAACCCUGUAAAUAAUAAUAACUUAAAACUUGCAUCAUUCGAUGGAAAAGUGACCCAAUUGAUGCAAUUAUCGGACGAAACUUUAAUAAUUAAUGGAAACUUCACCAUGUUUAACAACGAUACUAUACAAAGUCCCAUAAUUUAUAACAUUUCUAGCCAGCUGGCCGCGUCUAUCUUUCCUACUUCCAACAAACGUGCCGACAUACCAACAAUCGAAAAUGGGAAUGUCAAGACCAUAUUUAUCGAUGGCGACUUAAUGUAUAUGGGGGGUGAUUUCGAGUUUAAUAAUACUUAUGGAAUUGCACUUUAUAACUUGACUUCACAGGAGUUACUGACCACGCUAUUCAAAGGGUUUGGAAAAAAUUCCUCUGUCAAUGCUAUCGCAAAGAUUUUUGAUGAAAAGAGGGACGAUGAAAAUCAUGGAUCUAUAAUAUUUGGAGGUGAAUUUACUGAUUUAGGACUCAGUGAUUUACUCAAGCAUAAUAUAACAAAGAAUGACACUAACUCCUCCCUAAUUACUGCAGAACAACAAGUAUCCUUGAAACACGGUACCUUCUCAAGCGACAAUGGAGAAGGUGAUGAAAGUUCCUUGAUAUGUCCUCUGGCUAAUAAUGAUUGGUCACCAGCCGCUAAUGAAGGAGGACAGUGGGCGGUUGAGCUUCCUGAUGAAAUGAAGGGCAUACUGCCAACAAAAGCACGUUUAUACAUUCCUGAAGGUGAAGAUGGUGUCAAGACAUUUAGAAUUUAUUCUUAUCCAAAUAAUGGUAUUAUGAAUCUUUCUUAUAUUGAUCCAAAUACAAAUGAGUUGACAUAUUGUGAUGCAUGGUGUCCAUUACUUACUGCAUCAGAUUUAAAAAAUGCAACUGAUGAAAACAAAGAAAAUGCAGAAGAUUUAUCGGACUCAGAUACCUAUGUUGAUUCGGAAGAUGGUUCGUUUACUAAUUAUUAUGAUCCAUCUACAAUGACCAAAACUCUUGGUUAUGGCGCUAACUAUCAGGAAUACUCUUUUGAGAAUAGUAUAAGCAUCGAUAAAGUCGCUGUUACUAUAUUAGACUGGUAUGGUUCAAAAGGAAAAUUAUCUGGCUUUGAAUUAUAUCUGAAUUCCAUCACUGCUUAUGGUAAUGAUACAUUGAAUUCCCCCAACUGUGAAAGUGAUGAUGGCGAUUCUGAGAAUAACUUUUCUCAUAUUAACGAGGGUACUUGGGAUUCUGUGAAAUCUGUGAGUAGUCAACCUAUUUCUGGCACUGAUUAUUUAGUAUCAGUGCUUGAUUCUGAUUCAAAUUCAAAACCAAGCAUUACAUUAUAUCCAAAUAUUUCGUAUUCUGGUAACUACUCUAUUAUAAUGACUACUCCAGGAUGUAUUAAUGAUGAUUCAUGUAACUUAAGAUCUAUUGUUAAUGUCUCCGUUAUUGACAAUGAUGACAAUAUUUUGUCGACGCAGCUUAUCUAUCAGAAUAACGAUUACGACAAAUUUGACUAUUUAUAUUAUGGGAAAUUAGAUGGAUCCACUACUAAAGAUGGUAGUAAUAAAAUUGAAAUCACAUAUUACGAUUCUAUUCUUCCCAAUACGAAUCAAUCUUGGGUUGUCGUUGAUAAAGUUAGCGCCGAGAUUGUUUCUCUAGAUGAACAAUACAGCCAAAAUAUGACACAUCAUAAUUCUAGCAAGCAUAGGUAUGAAUUAGCCUAUAUUAAACUAAAUGGUUUAUUUGAAUAUUCAUUGGCAAAUUUCUCGGAUUUUAAAGAAGAUCUUGUAUCUUAUAAACAAGGAAAUAAAUCUAUCAUUAAUACGAAGAAUAAUUUUGUGGGAAACUCAUCAAUCAAUUUGCUCAGCUCCAAAUUGUCUAAAGAUUCUGUUAUCAACCAAAUGACGUUACAUAACUCUUCUGAACUGUCCAGCUUGUUGGUUUUGGGUGAGUUUGAAUCAAAAAAUUUAAGUCUAUCAAACAGUAAUUUGAUAAACUUAUCCAUUGGUGUAUAUAACACAACAUUGAAUGAAUCAGAAACUUCUAGUUCUGAUUAUAAAUUAACAAAAAGGGACACUUCAUCGACUAUUAAUGGUGCAUCUUUUAAUGAUUCCAUAUCCCAAAUAAUUAAUUUUGAUAAUGAUUUGAUAUUUUUGGGUAAAUUCAGUAUGGAUAAUGAUGAUAAUUCAUCAGUUGAAUUUAAUAACUUAUCAGAUGGAAAUAAAUCAAUCUCAUCAAUAAAUAACUUUGCCAUUUAUUCUAAUAGUAAAUGGUAUGGUUUCGGCAAUGAUUUUAUUGAUAUUGAAUUCGAUCAGUUUGCCAAUUUGACUAUUGAAGGUAUAGAGAUGUUCAUACUAUCUUCUUCGUUGUCUGACGAUACUAAAGUCUGGGAUAACUCUAAUUUCAAGUGGAUUGAAAAUAAUGCAAACAUUUUAAACAUAUCUAAUGCAAUAAAUUUAGACUCCAAACAGCAAAUAUUAACAGGAAAAUCAUUUUCUAUUAUGAAUUAUUACAAUAAUGAUCAACUGAUGCUUAAAAAUGAUAAUAAUUUCAGUAGCUAUAAUUUUCAUAUUAAUGAACAAAAUAGCCGUAUAGAAAAUUCCCUUUAUAUUAACAGUUCACUUAGUGUUGUUGGUGGUGAAUUUGAAACUUCGUCCGGAGUUGCUAAUAUUGGGUUUAUCGACAAUUCUGGUAAAAACAAAUCAAUCACUCCAUUGAAUGGCAAAAUGAAUUGGAGCGAUAACACAACUAUCAAUUCCCUAACAACGGAUUCUAAUUACUUAUUUAUUGGUACUAAUGGCUCAGUGGAAAUCAAUGAGUCAUCAAACUUAACAGGAAUAAUUAUAUAUGACAUGAAGCAUAAUGCAUUCACUACAUUUCAACCUGCUGAGCUUUCAAACAAUGGAGAUUCAAUCUCAAUUAACUCAAUCGUCUUAUAUGACAAAAGUAAUAAAUUGUUAGUUGGUGGAAAUUUCUCGCAAGCUGGUUCUUUAGAUUGCACAGCGUUAUGCAUAUACGACCUUGACAAUACCAGGUGGAUAAAUCCAUUUGAUGAUAGUGACGACACAUUAGAUGGUUUUGUCACUAACAUUAAAUUUCACAAAUCAAAUGAAGUCUUAAUCAGUGGUAAUUUAACUUAUAACGGUGAUCGGAGUAACUUUAUCACUUAUAAGUUUGGUGCAUCCUCAGCUAAGUCAAUCUCAAAACUCAACAAAUUAGGAUCGAAUAAGGUUGUUGAAAACUUUCUUAUUUCAGGAACAGAUAACGAAGAUUUGAAAGGAGGAAUCAUUGCAUACGGUUCAGACUUUAUAUAUGGAUUUGACGGUUUAAAAUGGACAAGAAUAGAUAAAGAAAUCAAAUAUACUUCUGAUACCAAAUUCACAGCUUUGACACUUUUAGAUUUAGAAAAUCCUAAUUCUAAAAAUAAGGAAGUGUAUUUUGAUAAAGACAAAGUCUUAAUUGUAUCUGGUGCAUUUGAAUUAUCUAAUUAUGGGCUCGUAAAUGCUGCAUUAUAUGAUGGUAAAACCUGGAUACCAUAUGUUUAUUCAUCAAAAAAUAAUAAACUAGGUGAAAUCACAACAAUCUUAAUUAAAGACGAUAUACGGUUUCAAUCGCUGAAUGAUCUUCUGAAUCGUAAGAAACUAUCUGAGGGCAAAGUUGUGGGUAUAUCUCUAGCAUGUGCUUUGGGAUCAACUACCCUCAUAGGUUUGUUAUAUAUUAUCCCCUUUCUUGCAUUGUCCAGAAAAAAUAAAGAGCAUGAUAAUGAUCAGCGAAUUCAAGAAAAUGACAUGAUGAAUGCCGUUAACCCAACAGACUUAUUACAUGAAAUUGAUUUACAGAGAAACUAA